UCAAAUAUAUAUAUUGGCUGGUGAUGCUAGUGGUGCACUCUGUCGCAGACAGGGAGAAAUUUAUGGUGGGCAGCAUUUUUACAUCGGACAAGGAUGAGGCGGAAAUAGCAUUUCGCACGGCUGUUGAUCGUGCUAAUAUUUUGGAAAGAAAUAUAGAACUCGUCCCAGUGGUGGUCUAUGCCAACACAGAUGACAGUUUUAUAAUGGAGAAAACAGUUUGUAACCUGAUUUCGCAGGGAGUUAUUGCCAUUUUUGGACCCAGCACUGGCAGUAGUUCAGAUAUAAUUGCAUCGAUUUGUCAUACCUUGGAUAUACCACAUAUUGUGUAUGAUUGGCAGCCCGAUACUCGUCUAUAUGAACAGUCAACUAUGACCAUCAAUUUGCAUCCCGAUAAUCUACUUUUGGCUCAAGGCUUUGCAGAAAUUGUGCAAAGUUUUGGAUGGCGCAGCUUUACAGUUAUCUAUGAAUCCGAGAAGGAAUUGCAACAGCUGCAAGAUAUACUUCAGAUUGGCGAUCCGGAUAGUAAUCCAACAACGGUCAGGCAGUUGGGGCCAGAUGAGGAUCAUAGACCUUUUUUAAAGGAAAUUAAACUAUCCACCGAUAACUGUCUAAUUUUACAUUGCUCCGCCGAAAAUCUACUGAGCAUAUUGGAACAGGCCAAUGACCUCAAAAUGUUGGGUGAAUAUCAGAGCGUGUUUAUACCCCUGCUUGAUACACACACAUUGGAGCUGGGCGACAUCUUCAACGUGGAUGCCAACAUAACGACAGUUCGGUUGAUGGAUCCAACAGACUUUCACAUUAAGAAUGUGGUGCAUGAUUGGGAGGAGCGGGAGAAACGUGAGGGUCGUUAUUAUAAAGUGCUGCCCACACAGGUCAAAAGUCAGAUGAUAUUGCUCAACGAUGCAGUCUGGCUAUUCUCAAAGGGUCUCACCGAACUUGGGAUCAUCGAGGAGCUGAAAGCGCCAGAGAUUGAGUGCAAGCGCAAAAAACCCUGGCCGCAAGGCAGACGAAUUAUUGAGUUUAUGAAAGCCCGGUCCGAGGAGGUCGCUACGGGUCGCGUCGACUUUAACGAAUAUGGACAGCGGAGCUUCUUCAGUCUACGCUUCAUGGAAAUCGAAGCUGGCGGCUUUUUAGAUCUUGCCAUCUGGGAUCCAGUCAACGGUUUAGAUGUGCUCAACGAUGAUGAGGAGAGCGAAAAGCGUGUGGGUCAAAAGCUGUCCAACAAGACCUUUAUCAUCUCCUCGCGCAUCGGAGCACCAUUUUUGACCCUAAAAGAGCCCGAAGAGGGAGAAAUCUUGCUGGGAAAUGCUCGCUACGAGGGCUACUCCAUGGAUCUCAUUGAUAACAUAGCACGCAUGCUGAAUUUCAAAUAUGAAUUCCGUAUGUCACCAGAUGGCAAAUAUGGUAGUCUCAAUAAGGUUACAGAAACCUGGGAUGGUAUUGUAAGACAGCUGCUCGAUGGGAAUGCUGAUCUGGGAAUAUGUGAUCUGACCAUGACCUCAUCAAGACGUCAAGCCGUAGACUUUACGCCACCUUUUAUGAAUCUGGGUAUUAGUAUUCUAUUCUCAAAGCCACCCAUACCACCCACGGAUUUGUUCUCCUUUCUGUCGCCCUUCUCGCUGGAUGUCUGGAUCUAUAUGGGUUCCGCCUAUCUGUUUAUAUCAUUUUUACUAUUCGCAUUGGCUCGCAUGGCCCCCGACGAUUGGGAGAAUCCGCAUCCCUGCAAGGAACCGGAGGAGGUGGAGAAUAUCUGGUUUUUGCACAAUACCAUGUGGCUGUCUAUAGGUUCGCUUAUGGGUCAGGGUUGCGAUAUAUUGCCCAAAGCAGCUUCAACGCGUCUGGUUACGGGAAUGUGGUGGUUCUUUGCACUCAUGAUGUUAAAUUCCUAUACGGCUAAUUUGGCGGCCUUUUUGACCAAUUCGAGACAAGCGAGCUCUAUUAACAGUGCCGAGGAUCUGGCUUCCCAGAACAAGAUCAAAUAUGGUGCACUACUCGGUGGCUCCACUUUGGGCUUCUUCAGAGAUUCCAAUUUCAGUACAUAUCAAAAGAUGUGGACAGCAAUGGAGAGUGCUAGACCCUCUGUCUUUACCAAAACUAACGACGAGGGCGUGGAACGUGUUCAGAAAGGUAAAAAUCUGUAUGCAUUCUUCAUGGAAUCCACAACGUUGGAGUACAAUGUGGAACGUAAAUGUGACCUUAUGCAAAUCGGCGGCUGGCUGGAUUACAAAAGUUACGGCAUUGCAAUGCCCUUUAACUCACCCUAUCGCAAGCAGAUAAGUGGCGCAGUAUUGAAGUUGGGUGAGUUGGGAGUUCUCUCGGAGCUGAAGCGCAAAUGGUGGAAGGAAAUGCAUGGCGGUGGCAGCUGCGGGGGCGACGAGGAGGGGGAUGCUGAUACCCCGGAAUUGGGUCUAGAGAAUGUCGGUGGCGUCUUUCUCGUUUUGGGUUUGGGUCUAAUGGCAGCCAUGGUCCUGGGCUGCACAGAGUUCUUUUGGAAUGUCAAAACAGUGGCCAUAGAGGAGAAGAUCUCGCUGAAGGAAGCUCUCAAGGCGGAGGUUAUGUUUGCUUUAUGUAUUUGGAUAACCACCAAGCCGGUGCGCACUAGCGUCGGAUCUCACAGCUCGUCAUCCUCUUCGUCAUCCAGCUCUUCGUCCAAAUCAAAGGGUUCCAAGUCGCGCUCAUCACGUUCCAAGUCAUUGGGCAUAUCCAGCAAGAGUCUCAAGAGCUCAGGCGAUGUGGAAUCCUCGGUGCACAGCAAGCUCAAGAAAAUUGGUUCCAUGUUCUCGUUGAAAUCUCAUAGGACGGAAACGCCUCCCAUUGAAAUUGGCUGGAAAUUGGAUAAAUCCACACAAAUGAGUGUUGAUACAGAGCCGGAGCAAAGGCCAGAAAAUGAGCAGCAGGUGGAUGAUCCUCCACCACAAAUGCCACAGCGGAGACAUCAUCAUCAUCAUCAUCACCACCAUCAUCAUCAUCAGCAUGAGCCAGAUCAGUCGAAGGAACAACGCGAAAGCAAAUUAAGCGAUGGAAUCUAAAAACAACGUAUAUUUGAAAUAGUGCUUAGCCCAUUAAUGACCCAAGCUAAUACAAUCUUUUGAAUUGGAAGUUUAUAACACAUACAAAAAUGCAUUUACAAACUAUUUUGGCUUUUGAAUUACAAAAAUUCUUCAAAAAGUUGGUCAUUA